UCGGAAAAUCCCAAUCAUUCUCACGCCGACGCUCCCCGCUUCGUCGCCAUGGUUCUCGAGGCCACCAUGAUCUGUAUCGAUAAUUCGGAGUGGAUGAGGAACGGGGACUACUCCCCCACCCGACUCCAAGCCCAAGUCGACGCCAUCAAUCUUAUCUGCGGAGCUAAAACGCAGUCGAAUCCGGAAAAUACGGUGGGUAUUCUGACCAUGGCGGGCAAAGGGGUCCGCGUUUUGGUGACGCCUACCAGUGAUCUGGGCAAGAUCCUUGCUUGUAUGCAUGGGCUGGAUAUAGGUGGUGAGAUGAACAUGACCUCAGGCAUACAAGUUGCUCAGUUGGCUCUUAAACACCGACAAAAUAAAAAACAACAACAAAGGAUUAUAGUUUUUGCUGGAAGUCCGGUCAAAUAUGACAAGAAUGUGCUGGAGGUAAUUGGGAGAAAGUUAAAAAAGAAUAGUGUGGCACUCGACAUUGUUGAUUUUGGAGAAGCUGAUGAUACAAAGCCUGAAAAACUGGAAGCUCUUCUUGCUGCUGUAAAUAACAAUGAUAGCAGCCACAUCGUUCAUGUUCCUUCUGGUCCAAAUGCUCUUUCAGAUGUACUUAUAAGCACUCCCAUAUUCACGGGGGAUGGGGAUGGAGGAAGUGGUUUUGCUGCUGCUGCCGCUGCUGCAAGUGGCAUGUCUGGUUUUGAUUUUGGUGUUGAUCCUAAUGUAGAUCCUGAGCUGGCUCUUGCACUUAGAAUAUCAAUGGAAGAGGAGAGAGCAAGGCAAGAAGCUGCUGCAAAAAAGGCUGCUGAGGAUGCUGCUAAACAAGAAAAAGAAGGGGAACAAGCUUCAAGUUCUCAUGAUGUCACUAUGGUUGAACCUGUUGGUGGUUCCACUCAUCAAGUUAGUGAGAAGAAAAAUGAUCUAAUGGAUGAUGAGACUGCCUUGUUACAGCAAGCUUUUGCAAUGUCUAUGGAUGACACGGGGUCCACUGGUCUAGCUACAGGAGAUGCUAAUAUGUCAGACACUACAUCAGAUGACAAAGAGUUGGCUUUUGCCCUACAAAUGUCAGCACAGGAAAAUGCAAAGGAUUCAUCAAACCAGUCUGAGAUGAACAGGGUUCUGGGUGACCAGUCCUUUGUUUCAUCCAUCCUUACUUCGCUCCCUGGAGUUGAUCCUAAUGACCCUUCUGUAAAAGAGUUGCUGGCAUCUUUGGAAAGCCAAUCAGAGCAAAAGAAAAGUGAAGAUAAACCAGAAGAUAGAGGUGACAAUUAAGUCGUUUGCUGAAAGUUGCUAGCACCUGCUUUUUGUCGAAGGUCACCGCUGAUCAAUAGCAAGGAUUGGAACAAAGGAUGUUUCCGAGACCGUGAAGGGGAAAAAUCAUAAAAAAUCAUAAUUGGCCCUGUGGUUUGUUAUCUGCAGCUAGUAGUCUCAUUAGAUGCCCUUGUUUUAAACAUCUAUCCAAUGUUUCAUGGUGAACUACAGACUCGUAUCUUAAUUUAUUUGGUUAUGCUUUAUCAAAAUGGAACCUUUUUUAAGUUAUAUUUAACUGCUUGAUGGAGUAUCAUAUAAGAGAACUAGUUACUAGCGUAUCAGAUAUCA